CCUCAUUGCUGAGCGCGCCGCGAAGGAAUAAUAAACGUGCGGAAAAUGCGCUGCGUUCUCAUUCAUUAGGCCGAGAGAAUAAAAUAUAACUCGUUCAGUUGUCUGCCAUUACCCCUUAUGUUUAUACCAAAGUAUUGAGUUCUCUGAGCCUCGCUCCUUGGCAAACGCUCUUUGCGCAUCUCGAUCUCACCGGGCAGCAUCGUCCGGUUUUCACAUUCAACCGCCUAACAUACGCUCACUAAGAUCGUCGUCAACUACCUAUCAUGACCGGCUUCAUCGAGGCUGGGGCUGUUAUUAGUCUGAUUUCAGGCGUCAUCUCGAUCACCGAGGCAACUAAAACGGUAUAUGAUGCCACCAAAGAUGCGAAAGGCCAGCCAGAUGCAUUUCGCCAGGUGGCUGCACGACUACCGCUAGUCAACGAUAUCCUCCAAAUCUCCAAAGAGAGGGUACAGACACUCGACAUGUCUGCACAGGACUCACUGAGACCCCUUCUACAGUCAUGCAAUAAGAAGGCUCAGGAUCUCCAGAAACUUUUCCAGAGGGUUAUUCGAAAGGAUGACGACAAGUGGUACGACCGAUAUAAGAAGGCCCUAGGUACACUAGGGAAAGGGGCUAAAGUGGAGUGUUUGAUGGAAGGGAUAUUGUUGGACAUCCAAGUGCUUGCAUGCGAGAGGCUUACGGGAGCCGUUACCAAUGCUCAAAUGAAGGAGCUUGAAGAGGCGAUCAAUGAAAUGGAGAAAAUGCCUACCUCUCUCCCGGACGAAGCUAGAAGUGUGCACCUAACACAUAGCGGCAGUGGUGAUAGCGUGUGUAUCGCUGACCAAGGGACCGCGAGCUUCCAUAAAGGAUCGGGAGAUAUAUAUGUAAUCAGUGGCGGGGCAACUAUUGGCCCCCCAAUCAAUCCAACUUCCCACAUUUCCAUAGAUAAUCAAAGUCAUCAAACCAACCUCCAGGUCGGGAACUUACUGAAGGAUCUGCGGGAGACAGAUCCCCGCCUUGACAAGAAGCGCAUUGAGGAAACCAAGGAAGGGCUAAUAGAGGACUCGUACCGCUGGAUCCUAGAAAACCUCGAGUUCCAACAGUGGCAUAACGAUCCGCAGAGCCAAUUGCUAUGGAUCAAGGGCGAUCCUGGUAAGGGCAAGACAAUGUUACUAUGUGGAAUCAUCAACGAACUGGAGAAGCCAAUGGCUGAGACACAUAUCCUGUCCUACUUCUUCAUCGAGGCCAUAGACUUGCGAAGCAACACCCCCACUGCUGUGCUCCGAGGUCUGCUGUAUAUGCUCAUUGACCAGCAGCCAUCGCUUUGCUCGCAUAUACUGAAGAAGUACGAGCAUGCUGGCAAGGCCCUCUUUGAGGAUAAAAAUGCCUGGGUUGCCUUAACUGAGAUAUUUACAAACAUCCUGCAGGACCGAAGCUUAAACGCCUACUUAAUUAUUGAUGCGCUGGAUGAAUGUAUAGCGGAUUUACCAAAACUGUUGCACUUUAUAGUCCAGACAUCCUCUAUAUCUUCUCGAGUUAAGUGGAUUGUCUCUAGUCGCAAUCGGCCUGACAUCGAGGAGUAUCUAAAGAUGGCUGGGCAAAAGGUAAGACUCUGCCUAGAACUAAAUGCAGAGUCUGUUUCUACAGCAGUUAGCGCAUUCAUCCAACACAGAGUGCUUCGGCUAGCAACAACGAAGAUGUACGACGACAAAACUCGAGACGCUGUAUUAGAAUAUCUAUCUUUGCAUGCGCACAACACCUUCCUCUGGGUAGCUUUAGUCUGUCAAAACCUUGAAGAGAUUUCACGAUGGAACGUCAUUAAAAGGUUGAAAGAAUUUCCACCUGGAUUGGAUUCUCUUUACAAGCGAAUGACAGAGCAGAUAUAUAAAUCAGACGAUGCUAGUCUCUGCAACCAAAUACUAGCUUUAAUAGCGACUGUAUACCGGCCAAUCACACUAAAAGAAUUGACAUCUCUUGUUGAGAUGCUUGACGAUAUCCGGGAUCAUCUUAAGUCGUUACGAGAUAUUAUUGGCCAGUGUGGAUCUCUCCUCACUAUUCGAGAUGACACUAUCUAUUUCGUACAUCAAUCCGCAAGGGACUUUCUAUUUACAGAUGCAUUUGAGAAAAUCUUCCCAUCUGGAAUAGAAGAGGCGCACUACACAAUCUACUCAAGAUCGCUUAAAGUUAUGUCAGAGAAGCUACACCGGGAUAUGUACAGCUUAAGUGCGUUUGGAUAUCCUGCUAGGAGCAUUGAACAGCGGGAUCCAGACCCAUUAGCAGCGUCACGCUACUCGUGUAUCUACUGGAUUGAUCACCUCCAAGCCUGGAAUGUCAACUGUUCUGGAAAUCAAAGAGUUGACCUGCAGGAUGGAGGCGCUGUCGACAGCUUUCUUCAGGGAAAGUACCUGUAUUGGCUCGAGGCUCUUAGCCUCUGCAAGAGUAUGCCGACUGGAAUUGUUUCAAUAACAAAACUUCAGUCAAUAGUUCAGCGACAAUCAGAUGCAUCAGGGUUAAUCGAACUCGUUCAAGACGCACGCCGAUUCACUAUGUAUCACAAGGGGGCAAUAGAGAACAUCCUACUCAAAGUCUAA